AUGUCGGCGAAUGCUGCUACUCCCCUGUCCUUGGGUGGUGAGCGUGUUAGCGGUGAUAGUGUACGCAAGCAAAAUGUGAUGGCUGCUAUUUCUAUCGCCAAUAUUGUGAAAACCAGUUUAGGCCCUGUCGGUUUAGACAAGAUGCUCGUGGACGACGUGGGGGAUGUAACUAUUACAAAUGACGGAGCUACCAUCCUAAAAUUGCUUGACGUAGAGCAACCAGCAGCCAAAGUUCUGGUGCAGCUGGCGCAACUUCAGGAUGAUGAAGUUGGUGAUGGCACGACAAGUGUCGUUAUCCUAGCUGCCGAGUUGCUUCGUAAUGCUGAUGAGCUCAUAGCUCAAAGGAUUCACCCAACCACAAUCAUGAGUGGCUAUAGACUGGCGUGCCGAGAGGCCUGUAAAUAUAUACAAAAUAAUCUUGUUCUGGAUUCGGAUGCACUUGGGAAGUCCUGCCUUGUCAAUGCUGCUAAAACAUCAAUGUCCAGUAAAUUAAUAACUGUAGAUGCGGACUUCUUUGCUAAUAUGGCCGUCGAAGCUGUGCUCGCUGUCAAAGUUCCUGACGGUCAUGGCGGUUUCAUUUACGCGACAAAGGCUAUCAACAUUCUAAAAGCCCACGGUCGUUCGAUGAGAGAAAGCAUGCUCAUUAAUGGAUAUGCACUCAACUGUACCAUUGCUUCACAGCAAAUGCCGCGACAAAUCAGGAAUGCGAAAAUUGCCUUCCUCGAUUUUAACUUGCAAAAGGUAAAGCUUAAACUGGGUGUCCAAGUACUUGUGAGUGAUCCCGAUAAGCUGGAGGAAAUUCGUAAUCGCGAAUCGGACAUCACUAAGGAGCGCAUUCAAACGAUUCUCGGCGCUGGUGCUAACGUUGUUCUAACAACGGGAGGCAUCGAUGACCUCUGUAUGAAGUACUUCGUCAAGGCUGGCGCAAUGGCUGUUAGGCGGUGUAAGCGCGUCGAUCUGAAGCGCAUUGCCAAGGCCACCGGUGGACAGCUUAUUGUUACAAUGUCGAAUAUGGAUGGUGAGGAGACGUUUGAACCAUCUUUUCUUGGUGAGGCGGGUGAAGUGGUUCAAGAAAGGAUUUGUGAUGAUGAGUUGAUCCUCAUACACGAUCCAAAGGUUAGGUCUGCCGCUAGCAUUAUUCUCCGUGGCGCUAAUGAUUUGUACGUGGACGAAAUGGAGCGCUCACUACAUGAUUCACUUCAGGUCAUCAAACGUGUUUUGGAAAGUAAAUCAGUUGUGCCUGGUGCUGGGGCUUGUGAAACUGCGGUCUCAGUGUUCCUAGAGAACUUUGCGAUGACAAUGGGCUCUCGCGAGCAGUUAGCCGUUGCCGAAUUCGCCCGCGCGAUGCUGGCUAUUCCCAAGCAACUUGCUGUCAAUGCGGCUCUUGAUAGCACUGAUCUGAUUUCCCGUUUGCGCGCUUGCCAUAACACGAGCCAGAUGAAAUCGGAAAAUACAGAUAUGAAAUUCUGGGGUCUCGAUCUUCAAAAGAACUGCAUUUCGAACUGCAAGGAGCUCGGAAUCUUCGAACCAUUGGUUUCGAAAAUUAAAAGCUUGAAAUUCGCCACCGAGGCGGCGAUUACAAUUUUGCGCAUUGAUGACCUCAUUAAAUUGAAAGAAGAAAAGCCUGUUGAUGAUCCUGAACGUUAA